CACACCAAGCAAUGGAAAUGGACAUGAACUCCUCGUUUGGGGAGACAACAGCGGGCUACGCAGACUACAGCUCAGAGACUGACGCUCCGCUCUGCAACAGAGAAACGAACCACAACUUUGGGGUCAAACUCUCCACCUUCUACCUGCUGAUUUUCACACUGAGUGUGGUGGGAAACAGCUUGGUCCUCUAUAUCAUCUGCAAGUUCGAGAAACUCAACACGGUGGGGAACAUCUUCCUCCUCAACCUGGUGGUGUCGGACCUGGUCUUCAUGUCCAGUCUGCCCUUCUGGGCCGUAUACCACCACAAGUCCAGCUGGAUCUUCGGCCGGGUCUGGUGUAAGAUUGUGGGCAGCGCCUACUUCCUGGGUUUCUACAGCUCGAUCCUGUUCCUCACCCUAAUGACCUUUGACCGGUACCUGGCAGUGGUCUACGCCGUGCCGUCCACCAGGCUACGUCGGAGGAGCUACGCCCUCGCCUCAUCCGCCGCUGUGUGGGGCAUCAGCCUCCUGGCGUGUAUCAAGCCGUUUCUACUCUAUGACCAGGCCGAGCAUUACUACCAGGGGUUGGUGUGUGAGGAGGUUGGUACCCCAGAAUCGAUUGUCUCUGAGGAAUUGGAGCUGUCGGGGCCAUAUCUCCAGUUAGGUUUAUUUUUCCUAUUUCCUCUCAUUGUUGUUUUUUACUGCUACGUUAGGAUUGCCGUGACGGUCAUCUCCUCCAGGAUGACCAACAAGUACAGGACGGUGAGACUCAUAUUUGUCAUAGUACUGCUGUUCUUUGCAUGCUGGACUCCUUAUAAUGUGGUGGUGAUGCUUCAAGCAGCUGAAGUCGACUGUGUGAAACUCCGUAAGCUUGACUAUGCGCUGCAUGUUACUCGUAUGGUCACAUAUCUGUACUUCUGUAUCAAUCCUGCCUUCUACACCUUUGUGGGGAGAAAAUUCCAGAACCACUUCCGGAUUCUGCUGCAGAAACAUAUGCCGUGUUUAAAGAACCAUGUCUCAAUCAAUGGUAGCCGGACACUGUCACAUAUUAGAAACCCUCAAGUGGGCAUAACUAGUCAAACAGAUGUUCUGGUAUGAUAUAGGAGCCCUGUGGCACAGGAAUGCACAUUCAUUCAUGUCUAGGAGUCUCAU